ACGUGGCGCCGACGGCUGCCCCGUGCCGGCCCCGCUCCCGGCCGGCGGCCAGAGGGGCCGCGGAGCCCGGCGCAGCGGCAAGCUGCCGGAGACGCCGCGGACGGACGGACGGACGGAUGGACGGAGGGAUGGACGGAGGGAUGGACGGAGCGGGCAGCGGAGGGCCGGGGGCCCCGGGGGCCCUGGGACCUGCACCCGGGGCGUCGGUGACGGCGGCUGCUGCAGGAGGCGGCAGGGAAACUGAGGCACCUGCCAUCGACGCGAAGCCGGGCAGCGCGUGGCUGGGCCGGCGCCUGGAGGAGCUGCCCACGCCGGCCCUGGCCGUGUCGGAGGCCACGGCGCGGCGCAACGCCGAGCGCAUGCUGGAGCGCUGCCGGGCCCUGGGCGUCCGCCUGCGGCCCCACGUCAAGACCCACAAGACGCUGGAAGGCGCAGCGCUGGCCACCGGCGGCACGCGCCGGGGCAUCGCGGUCUCCACGCUGGCCGAGGCGCGCUUCUUCGCCGCCGGCGGCUUCGACGACAUCCUCUACGCCUACCCGCUGCCCGCCGCCCGCCUGGAGGAGUGCGCGGCGCUGGCCCAGCGCCUCGAGGCCUUCCAGGUGCUGCUCGACAGCCCCCAGGGCCUGGCCCUCCUGCGCCGGCGCCCGUUGGCCCCCGGCAAGCGCUGGCUCGUCUGGCUCAAGCUCGACUGCGGCAACGGCAGAGCCGGCGUGCGGCCCACCGACCCCGGCGCCCUGGAGCUGGCGCGGGCCAUUGCAGAGGAGGCGCCCGCCGAGGUGGCUCUGGUGGGGGUCUACGCCCACUGCGGGGACACCUACCACUGCGGCAGCGUCCCCGAGGUCCAGGCCAUCGCCCGUGCCACCACCACCGCCAUGCUCGACUUCGUGGCCACGCUGCGACAGGCCGGCGUGCCCUGCGCCCAGGCCAGCGUGGGCUCCACGCCGUCCUGCAGCCACCCGGUGCCGGAGAUGGCGGCACUCACCGAGCUGCACCCGGGCAACUACCUCUUCUACGACCUGCAGCAGACGCUGCUGGGCAGCUGCCGGCUGGAGGACGUGGCGCUGCGGGUGCUCACCCGCGUCGUGGGUCACUACCGGCACCGCAACCAGCUGCUGGUGGACUGCGGCUGGGCUGCGCUGAGCCUCCACGGCCAGGGCCGCCCGCCCGCCGCCUUCGCCGCCGUCGAGGGUCACCCCGAGCUCAGGCUGGUGGGGCUGACGCAGGAGCACGGGCAGCUGGAGCCCGCCGCCGGCCCGCUCGACUUCGGCCGCUUCCCCGUCGGCAGCGUCCUGGCGCUCGUCCCCUUCCACGCCUGCGCCACGGCCGCCAUGCACCCCGUCUACUACGUGCACGCGCAGGGCACGGUCGUGGCACUCUGGCACCCCGCGCGCGGCUGGUAGGAGCCCCGCGCCCGGCCCCGCACCGCGCCCGCGGCAAAUAAAGGUGCCCCCGCUCAUCCCGGGCGCCUGCUGCCUCUUUGGGGCAAAAAACGGGGGGGUUGGUACGCGCGGGGGUUGCAACCCGGGGGGCCGAGCGCGGACGGGGGCCGGAGGCGAGCUGCAACGCCGCGGGGCUUGAGAGGGCCAUAAAAUGCAGCGGAGGUGGCGGGGGCCGCGCUCGGAUCCGCCCCCCCCCCCGGAGCCCCUUUGAUCCCGGGCGCCCCGCGGAGAGGGGCGGUGUGGGGAGAGGGGCGGCCGGGACGCCGGGGCCCCCGGGGCGGCACGCAUCCCCCGGUGCAAAGCGAUGCGGAUGGAUCCAGCCCGGUCCGAACUGAUCCAGCCCCAUCCGAACCGAUCCAGCCCCAUCCGAACCGCUCCGAUCCAAACCCGUGUGAACCAAACCAGUCUGACCUGAAUUGGCCCAAUCUGAGCCAAACCGCAGCAGUUCAACCCGAUCUGAACCGCACUGAUGUGGCUAGAACCAGUGUGAACCAAUCUGACCUGAUCCGAAUCAAGCUGAUCCGAUCCAAUCUGAUCCGAACCAAACCAGUCUGACCUGAAUUGGCCCAAUCUGAACCAAACUGCAGCAGUUCAACCCGAUCUGAACCGCACUGAUGUGGCUAGAACCAACCCGAACCAAUCUGAACCCAAUCUGAUCCAAUCUGAACCCGAUCCGAUACGAACCAAACCAAUCUGAUCUGAAUUGGCCCGAGCUGAACCAAACUGCUGCAAUUCAACCCAAUCUGAACCGCACCGAUGUGGCUAGAACCAACCCGAACCAAUCUGAACCCGAUCCGAUCCGAACCAAGCUGAUCUGAUCCAAUCCGAUCUGAACCAAACCAAUCUGAUGUGAAUUGACCCGAUCUGAACCAAACUGCAGCAAUUCAACCCAAUCUGAACCACACCGAUGUGGCUAGAACCAAUGUGAACCAAUCUGACCCGAUCCGAUCUGAACCAAGCUGAUCCGAUCCGAUCCAAUCUGAACCAAUCUGAACCCGAUCCGAAACAAACCAAUCUGAUGUGAAUUGACCCGAUCUGACCCAAACUGAAUCCAUUUGCUCCGCUCCGAAACUACCUGAGCUAAUCCGAACCGAAGCAGUGCAGGCGGGACGGAACUGAUCCGAUCUGAUCCGAACGAAUCUGAUCUGAUGUGAUCCGAACGGAACCGAAGCAGAAUGAAGCAUCUGGUCUGAACCAAUCCGGUCAGGAUUGACCCAAUCUGAACCAAAGCAGACUGCUUUGGGCCAGUCCCUGCUGAUCCCGUCUGGACCCAGCUGGAUGGGUCCAAUCCCAUCCGAACCGAUCGGAACCGAUCCGAAGCAAAGCAAACUGAAGCCGUGUGAUCUGAUCCGGCCCACACCGAUCCGAGCUGGCCGGAACCGACCCGAUCCAGCCUGAUUUGACCCAGUGUAAACCAAACUGAACUGAUCCGAUCCAGCCUGGUCCAAGCUGACCGGGACGGAACCGGUCUGGCUGGAACGGCACUGAACCGAUCCGAUCCGAACCGGACCGCACUGGUCCCGUCUGAACCGAAGCCAACGGAACC